GUGCAUGGUAAUCAAGUGAAGCAAAAUGAACUGUUGGUGACUGAGUAACACUUGCGGUAGUUGAAAGAGAUGUACACAAGAAGAGGUGGGAGGAUAACACUUGUUACGGACAGUGAAAGAGUUGCACACAAGUUGAACUGACUGAGAGAUAAACACAGAAAUUGACAGAAUAGAACUUAAGUCAAGCCAGCAGCACGUGCACCACCAAACAGCACGUGCACCACCAGACAACAAAUGCACCAUCAGGCAGCACGUGCACCACCAAGGAGCACGUGCACCACCAGGCAGUAAGCGACGUAUACAAGUCACAGGUGUGCGCCGCGGCUGGCACUGGCACGUACCCCUUCAGGUAUGCUUCUGCUUCGGAGGGGAGGCAGACGGCCCUGAGACGUGGCGGGAUGCGGGGCCUCAGUAAGUGGUGGCAUCGGUGGGUGCUGGAUGCUGUGCUCACCAACCCACCACCCCUUGUGGCUGUGGUGGUGACGAUCUUCCUGACGGUGUUUGCGGUGGGCUUCUGGUGUGCGCACUGGCUGGAUCAGGUUGACUUGGCAGUGUAUCGGUCCGUCAAUGUGUUCUCAGACAACAUUAGAGGAGAAAACUUGUUGGGACAGCUGUGUGGUGUGCUGCCCAUCGACGUGGUGUACACUUGGGUCAAUGGCUCGGAUCCCCUGCUGCUUGAGGGCCUGCGAGCACUGUCUGAAGGCAUCCAGAGCGACUGUUCCCUCUCCCACUGCCUGCCUGCACCUUACAUCAGCCUCGUGGACUGCACCACACCCAAGAGUACCUUUGAAUCCAUCCCAUCAGUAUUAGAGGUGACUCAGCUGACCAUCAACCAUGACAGUCGGCCGCACAACUUCACUAUGCUGCACCUGGCCAGGGAGGAAGACGUGGCUCAGGUGAUGGAGAGGGUGAUGCUCCUGGCCGGCAACAGUUCCAAGCCCAAGCAAGCCUACUGGACGUCAGAUGUGGGUGGGGGCUGGGGUGUGAAGCAGAAGCAUUCGGUGUUGGUGACGGGUGCCACUCACCUCUCGCACUUGGACCUGCUGCAGGCACUCUUCCCACACCACAGGAACAUCACGGCAGCGUGUUCUGUGUCAGGCUCUGGGGGAGUGCAGCUGAUAGAGUGCCGAGAGGAGGAGCUUGUGCCUGGUCUGCUCAUUGCCAACAGCCACCUGGAGCCGGCCACCUCCAACAGCAGCAUCCGCACCCGCCAGGCCAUGCUCAUGCUGCAGUCUGACCUCAAGGAGAUUGAUGCUAACCGGUUCGAAGACAAUGAGGAGCUGCGGUACUCCCUGCGUUCCCUGGAGCAGUACGCGCCCUGGGUCCGGAGAAUCUUCCUGGUGACAAAUGGCCAGAUCCCACACUGGCUCAACCUGGAUCAUCCACGCCUCACUAUUGUCACUCACCAGGACAUCUUCCCCAAUGCUAGCCACCUCCCCACGUUCUCCUCGCCAGCGAUUGAAAGCCACAUUCACAGGAUUCCUGGGCUGUCCGAGCACUUCCUCUACCUCAACGAUGAUGUAAUGCUGAUGCAGGAGGUGUGGCCAGAGGACUUCUUCUCCCCUGGCUCAGGAUAUAAGGUGUACCUCUCGUGGUCGCUGCCGGAGUGCUCCUCAGGGUGUCCGGGGUCCUGGCUGGGCGAUGGCUACUGCGACGCCUCCUGCAACACCUCUGCCUGCGAGUGGGACGGUGGGGACUGUGCUGGCGGGGAUGUGGGGGGCGACCUGCUGGAGGGGGACAACAGUAUGGGGACAGAUGAGACAGUUGGCUUCUGUGCCCCCUCCUGCUCUGACCUGUGGCUGGCUGACCAUUACUGUGACCAUUCGUGCAACACCCUGUCCUGUGCAUUUGAUGGCGGUGACUGUGGCCUGGAGAAGGUGGAUCUGCUACACAACUUACCAGUCCCCACAACCUCUAAUACCACCUAUGUUCUUCCUCAGGGUGUUGGCGGUGCAUGGAUGAACCUGUCCUCACUGCUUGGGCCGGGAACAAGCGUGCACGGCUCCCAUACUGAGCAUCCUGGCAUACGAACCAUCGUUGUCAACACUGCCCAGGACGUCCUUUUCCUCCUGGUCAAGGCCAAUGUCACAGCCACGCUGCACCUGGAACUCAACAUCUCCAGGCAGCAGCAGGGCAAGGAGAAGGAGCAGCUAGAGAAAUUUGUGAGGGUAAUACCCAAAGACACUUCACAAGAUGGCUCUAAGAACCUGGAGUUUGCUUAUGUCAAUGUGAAUGCAUCAAGGCUUCCAGCAUCUCUGGUGUCAAAGGUUCUCCAGCUGGAAGCACUGUACACAGAUGGAGAACUGACUGUGAGUGGGUUAAAGAUGAGGAAAUCAGAACUGAUAGCAGAGGCGUUGCACUCAAGUAAAGACCAUCACCUGGUGUACCACAAUGAGAGUGACUGGCCCCCAAAAAUAAAGGCACCUGAAAAUGUUCAGAAAAGUACUACAUCAAUCAUUGAUAAGACACUGAGGAGAGGGAGAGGGAGCCCGUCUUGCCCUUCACUGGCCGGCGGCACCUUUUGGGACAUGUUUGCCGAGUCCCUGCUGCAUGUGAACCGUCUCUUCAACUCAGAGUACGGCUACCAGGCACGCAGGGUGCCAGCCCACAUGCCUCACUUCAUUAACAAGGCUGUCAUGGAGAGCCUGCAGGAGAAAUUCAAGGAGGAGUUUGAAACUGGACGUCCUCUCACAGGAAUCCGGAAAGCCAAUGACAUGCAGUAUGCCUUUUCUUACUACUUCUACUUGAUGAGCGAGAAGAGAAUCAGGACACCCAUUGAAGUCUUCAAGGAGUUCGACACGGACACUUCAGGGACAUUGUCAGACCGAGAGAUUCGGACGCUGCUCGCCUCCCUUGCACGACCUGCCGCUCCACCAAACAUUGUGCACGAGUUCCACAUGCUGGUGAAGAACUGCUCUGCCGCCCACCGCACCAAGGACAUCCCCACUCCGGUCUAUGAGAGAUAUGCUGACUCAGACCUGCCCACUUUGAGCCUGGAGCUGAUGCUGAGGUGUGAGCCGCUGACCACCCUCCUCAGGAAACUGGAGAAGGUGAACAAGUACCGCUACAUCCACCAGUCUGAUGAGGCCGUGCACUUCAAGAUGGUCACCUCCAACGUGUCCAUUGUCAUCCACAUGCUUGAUGAAGUGCGGAAGAACAGGAGAAAAUUCAUCUGUCUGAACAGCAACUUGGACCCGAAGAGCAAGUCCAAUGACUUGAUCCACGCCUUGGUGCAGGACACCUACGAGUCGCUCUUCCCGCUGCCCUCCUCCUUUGAGCUGCCCCUCAACUACCGGAACCGCUUUCUCUAUGUGGAGGAGCUGGUCGCCUGGAGGAAGUGGAGGGACUUUGUGCGGGCGCUGAUCUAUGCCUGCCUUGCCUCGCUGGUCUUCCUCACGCUGGUCAAUUUCUUCAGCACUGAGCUGGAGAGUCUGCGGCGGCGGUGGUGCAGGCGGCGACGGCGACGGGACGGCUAUGGGGCGCUGAAGGUGUGACAGAACUGUAACUCUCUGUUGCUCCUCCGAUGCCAGGGUGUUCACUUUUGCUCCAGGUGUUCUCAUCACUCCACUCAUUCUCAUCGAUCAUCAUGCCAUUGACUCCUCACACCAUGGCUUUAAGACGCUUCCCUUGAGUCCCUCCCCAGCAUGAUGCCCUCUGCUUGUCCUGGAGAGUCACUUUUUGGCUGUGAUUCAUUGAGAGGGAAGCUGUAAGACGUAGAGAUGGAGAGGGGAAAGAGGUUAGUGGAAGGUAGGGUACAGUAACAACUGUACUCAUUCAGAAUAGAUAGAUAAGCUUCUAAAACUGUAGUCUCUCUUGUUAUUCAUUGAAAGGGAAGCUGGAGGACAUAGAGGCAAAAAGGAAAAGAAAUUCAUGGAAGGUAAGGUACAGUGGCAACUUUACAUUGGUAAACUUCUGAAACUGUAGUCUCUUGUUAUUCAUUGAGAGGGAAGCUGGAGGACAUAGAGGCAAAAAGGAAAAGAGAUUCAUGGAAGGUACGGUACAGUGGCAACUUUACUCAUUCAGAAUACAUAGGUAAGCUUCUGUAACCAUAUAUAGACUCUUCUGUGAUUAAUUUUCUGAUAUUAAUUAGUAUUCAGAACUGACCUAAUAUUCUCAUAAUUGCCAUGCACAUUAUUUUUUUAUCUUUGUAUGGUAAGUUACUCAGUACAUUGAUUAGUAUUUGAAAAUCAUGGAAUAUUCUCAUAACUGCCAUAACUGACUUUGAUUCUACUUUUUUCUUAGAGGUGUAGUUUGUGUGUCUCCCAGUGUACUCCUUAGCUUGCUGCCUUAAGAGUUCAUGUCCCUGGGGAUCCUGAUGGUCUUGUUGCCCUCCUGCAUCUCACAGGUGGGGCUGGCACGGAUGGCAGUGUGUGUCUGUCAGGCAUCAGUGACCUCAGGGGAACACAUGCAUAAUAGAGUUUGGUGGUGGUUAGUGUGGUAUGGUGAUUUGUUUUGUUCAUCUGCUUAUUUUUAUUUUGCAUUGUUUUAUAGUUUUGAUUUUAACUUUUAGAGAGAAUUUUCUUUUUAUUUUAUGACUUGUUUUUUUUUUUUUUUUUACUUUCCCUUUGCUUAGCUACACUGUACUGUGUGAUGAGAUUGUUUUUUUUAUUCUAUUUACAUUUUUUAUAUAGAUUUAAAUUUUUAGAGAGAUUUAAAAUUUUUUUUUUAUUUCUUAACUUAUCUUUUUUUGGGGACAUUACUAUUUAAUUAGAGUAUUUUAUUUAUUUAACUAUUAUAGUUUCAUGCUUUUUUUUAUAUAUAUAAUUUAGAUCCCAUUUUUUUAAGAGAUAAUUUGUAUUUUAUAAUUUAUCGUUUGAGGCAUAACUAUAUAUAAUGAGUGUGAAGUGAUUAUUUUGAUUUAAGAAACAUGCAAAAAAAAUCAGAAACAGGCUUGCUUACCAUAUACUAGCUUGUUGUGUUACCAAUUUCCAUGCUCAGUAGUGUACAUUCUUGGUCUCUUAUACUCAUAGUGCUGUGUUGUACUGAGGAAGGGUGCAGUUCAUUCUGGUGUCCUUGCCUUCCUUCAGACCACAGCACUGUCAGGAAGGUGGAGGCAUUACAAAUCUAUACUCCAGCUAUUAUCGUGGAGAAUAAGAAUGUAGAAAGAUGUUUUGGGUUAUAUUUGCUGUGUGGUUUCUUGUCAUAGUCGAAUGUCCUUGGAAAUCCCUUUUAUUCUCUGAUUUGGUGACUGUAAGGUUGUUGAAACACACACACACACACACACACACACACACACACACACACACACACACACACACACACACACACACACACACACACACACACACACACACACACACACACACACACACACACACACACACACACACACACACACACACACACACACACACACACACACACACACACACACACACACACACUAGAGGACAUAAAAGAGUGCUUGUAGAAGAGACAUCAAAAAGUAUAGUUUUCCACAUAGAAGUAUUGAUGUACAGAAGUCUGGAUAAGGAGAUAGUAAAUGCAAAAAAAAAGUACACAUGGAUUCAAGGCUAAGUUGGAUAUUAAAAAAAGAUACAGAGAUGAGACUGCACAAGUAUAGCUUAUUUCCCAUGAAACACAACUAGGUAAACAUAACUAGGUAAACACACAAACACACACACACACACACACCAAAACAUUACAAACCCAAAUUGUUGAGAGCCACUCUGCACACUGGUAGCACUUGUAUUUGAUUCUGCAUCAGGAGUUUGGAUGACUUACUUGAUGUGUGGUGUUGUGGUGUUGUGUUGUUCCUCUCUAGCACAGCAUUGGUGGUGGCACUGUUCACACUCCCUUGGUGGUGGGUUGUGGUGAAGUGUGACUUGUGUGGGGUGACCAGUGUUGUGUCCUGCAUUGCUUCAAGGUACAAAUAUGCCCACAUGUCUGGACAGCCGGUUGUUAAUUUAAGUUCAUGUGUGGGUGGUUGAGUUUUUUUUUCUAUAUUUUGCCAAAAGUUUUGUUGUAGUUGUGAAUGGAGAGGAGAUUCGGUUUGUGUAUAAAAGUUACACAGCUUUAUUUGGUGUUCAGCUUCACAAAUCAACAUGUAACACUGAUUUGCAUUAGGUUCAGAUUUUAAUAGGAUACAAUAGAUUGAUUUGACAGAUGAACUCACCAACAGGAAUUGAUUAGCUAAUGAAGAGAUGCUAUAAAGUUCCUAAGUCCAGACUUUUACAUAAUUUUUGAGUGGAGCAGGAUAGGCCUUGUAUCUUUUCAUGUCUCAGAACCCAUAAAAUUAUUCCCUUUCCCUUAACAAUUCACUGUAACUUCCUCUCUAUGACAGUAAAUGAACUACCACUCACUGAGAAACAUAGAUACAAAUUCUUACUUCAUCAUCACUCUCAUAUUUAUGCAUUCUUUAUCAUGACACUAAGCCAGUUUCCUGUUUGUAUAUAGGAGGGGAAUCAGAGUCAUUGAGUAAGUGGUGCUUUAUUUCUUUGUGUUUUUUGUCUUGAAUUAGUGGAGUCAGGAAACACAACCAGUAAUAGGAAGCAGGUGAAGGUCAGGAAGUGGUCCAUGAUCUGUGUGGGAUGUAAAUGUUUUUAUAUCAAGGCAUAAUAAGGUGAUUGGAAGUCUUGAGAGAGGGAAGUCAGGCCACAGAGUUCAAAAGCCAUAGUGUGUGUGUUUGCAUGUGUGUGUGUAUACCACUGCACUCACCUCAGAUCAUCUCGAGUUAUACACGAAACAGGAAGCAAGCUUGUGAUAUAUUUAGCACUAGUAUAUACCAUAUUUAAAUUUUCUAUACAGUACUGACCUGUUUUGGGACGUUUUCUAUUAUCGUUCACCGAAACCAUGUACGUUGUGAGGGGAUGGUAAUGGGGUCAGUGUAAUAAAAUGAUGCUGAUUGCUAAUAUUAUGUGGUAUUGAGAAAAGUCUAACCUGAUAAUAAGCUUGAGUGAUGAAAAAGCAAAAUUAUGUAUAUGUUAUUUAUUUAUUUUUUUUCCUGAGGAUUAACGCUUUUCUAUGCUGUCAAAAUAGGUCACCAGUUUUGUUUUCAUAUUUUUCAUGCAUUUCUUAUACCAGGUUAGAGUUUUUCCAGUAGUACCAGUAGUUUAAAGGUGAGGUGAAGGGCUUCUGAGCUAACAAACAGGUCUGGAGGGAGAAACUUUAUGUACUAAGUUUGCAUUGACAUUAACCUUUGCAUAAUUCUACAAGUUCACAAUGUAUUAUUUUUCUAAGUCUGCUUCAUCACAUUCUGUAACGGCAAGCAGUGAGUUGCCUCACUUUGUAUUGCCUUCAGAUCUCACCACCAAUUCGUUGUACUCAUGCCUGAUUUACCCAUGAGAUAUUUUUAUACAAGCAUUAAGCAAAUUGUCAAUAUUAUCAUUGCCGAGGAGUUAUAUUUGGAACCUUGUCUCUAGUCAUCGCUCCAUCGAAUGCACACUUUGGGAAGGUUUGAACACCAGUAAAGAUUAUUAUUAUUUA